CAUCAUUUUAAUUUCCUCAGGCCAGUUGGAAGUUAUCCUAGACAGACGCCUGAUGCAGGAUGACAACCGGGGUCUCGGCCAAGGACUAAAAGAUAACAAGAGAACCUGUAACCGAUUUCGCCUCCUGUUGGAACGACGGACCACUGCCAAUAAGGUGCAAGACGGUCGCCCGACCAGCUUCCCGUCUCUUCUUAGCCACCUGACUUCCAUGCACCUAAAUACUCCAGUGAUGGCCCUCCCCGUGGCCAGGGAGCAGCCUGGAGGCCCUCCCUUACGCUCCUUUCAGCCACUGGCCGCCUCACUUCCCUGCGAUAUUCACUUGCUCAACUUGCGAAUGCUCCAAGCUGAGGAUGACAAGCUACCCUCGUCUGAGGCUGCGCUCAUUCUCCAUCGAAAGGGCUUUGACUGUGGCCUGGAGGCCAAGAACUUGGGUUUCAACUGUACCACGAGUCAAGGCAAGGUGAGCUUGGGACAGUAACAGACAGAUACAGGACGCCUGGCUCCGUGUCAGCUGUGGGGCAUGGCAAUUCAUUUUGAGAGUAUAGUAAUUGGGGAAAUAAAAGUUUUGAAAAAUGACAAGAGACAACCCAGGGAUGGCUUGGGGAAAUAGCAAGGGAGAGGACAGUUGGAUAGGGAUGAGGUAGAAUGAUGGCUUGGGAAAUGAAGGCUCAUGUUCCAAGAUUUUUUUGAAAGAUAGGGGAUGAUGGAGGCAGCUGGGUAGCUCAGUGGACUGAGUGCUAGGCCUAGA